CGUCCUCCUCCUCCCUCACCCCGUUGCUCUUUUUUUCUUUCCCUCCUUCUUUCCUCUCUGGCCGGGUCUCGUCCACUUCCCCUAGAGGCCACCCGGAUCCUACGUAAAGGCAUGACUUCCCAGCACCUCAGGGAAAACAGGGUGCAAGCCCAGAAACUAUUUCCCCACCACCACUUGUUGAAAAACUGAUUUGAAAGCGUCUCGGGUUUGAACAAACGGAAAGUGCCAGGAUUUCAUGCGUCUCUGGUUUUGCGCUGGGGGCCCUUUACUACUAAGUAUCAAGACGAAAAAAACUGGAAACUAAUCCGGUAAACAUUUAAACUUGAAAACUACUUUUAUUUUGCUCUAAACCUUAUUCAAAGUCAGAAUGGAAAGAUUUGUAGUGACAGCACCACCUGCUCGAAACCGGUCUAAGACUGCUUUGUAUGUGACUCCCCUGGAUCGAGUCACUGAGUUUGGAGGUGAGCUGCACGAAGAUGGAGGAAAACUCUUCUGUACUUCUUGCAAUGUGGUUCUGAAUCAUGUUCGCAAGUCUGCCAUUAGUGACCACCUCAAGUCAAAGACUCAUACCAAGAGGAAGGCAGAAUUUGAAGAGCAGAAUGUGAGAAAGAAGCAAAGGCCCCUAACUGCAUCCCUUCAGUGCAACAGUACUGCGCAAACAGAGAAAGUCAGUGUUAUCCAGGACUUUGUGAAAAUGUGCCUGGAAGCCAACAUCCCACUUGAGAAGGCUGAUCACCCGGCCGUCCGUGCUUUCCUGUCUCGCCAUGUGAAGAAUGGAGGCUCCAUACCUAAGUCAGACCAGCUGAGGAGAGCAUAUCUGCCUGAUGGAUAUGAGAAUGAGAAUCAGCUCCUCAACUCACAAGAUUGUUGACCAGGAGGUUACCACCAUUGUGAUCAAGAUAAAUAAUGUGGAGUGUUAAAGUUAUGUAUUGAUUGUAUGGUUCAUUUUUUAUAUUUAUUUCGUUUAAAAUCAUGUGAUGAAGAAUAGUUUUUCAAUGUGUAUAUAGUUGCAGGCAAAAAAAAAUUCACCAUAAAACUUACUGUUAAUUUUAGUCACCAAUGGUAUAAAACAAAACUUAGGGUUUAGAGUGUGCUAGAAUACCUUAAACCUGAUGGUUAUCUUUAAAAUUGAAGGUUUUUCUCUUGAAAUGUUUGUGCAUGGAAGAACUGCCCUGCUUUUUUACCCUAUUGCCAUGUAUGAUUAUUCCUUGUGAGAGUACUUAAUUACUUGGAUUGAAGACUAGCCUAGGGAAUUGAAGCUGCUGCCAGGCAACACCACUCACAGUAACUUAAAGGAAUUCUUUCUGAUUAGAGGGUCCUCCUCAAAAUGGAAGUAAUAGUGGUAAACUGUUCUUGUAUAUUCAGAUCCUUAGCAGAAAAUGACUGUUUACUUCAAACUACGCUUUACUUGUAUAUGAUGUAGUUACCUUAACUAUCCUUCAGUUCCUCACUGUCUUUCCCCCCCCUUUUUAAAGGCUUAUUGUUAUAUUUAGUAACAGCUUCAGGUGACCAAAAGACUAAAAUCUUUUCAUGUCCGUGCCAAAAGCCAUAGGGAAUUUUGCAGUGACACGAUUUUAGUCUCUUACCAUAAACACACAUUUUUGAACCAUAGCUUUCAUUUCAAGCAUCAUCUUGAGUUUGUAAACUUUUUCCUUCAGGAUUAUCUUUUUAAUUUAAACAGGUAGACAUUUUAUUAUUGAGUUUUCUGUUUUUACAGAAAACUAGUAAUAUUUUGGCUGACAGAUCAGAAAAUAAGGAAAUUACUUUCUAUACCUUAAUUUUUCCAUAAAGUUUUGUAAGAGUUUAGUUAGGAUAAGUAGACUAGAAACAAGAUUACUUUCACUUUUAUGUGCUUUGCCUCUGGUGGUACAAAGUUUUUAAAUGGAUAGUAAACAGUUGUCUAAAAAUACUGGCAAGAUUUCUGCAGUGGAGAUCUGGCAGAAUUCUGCAUAACUGUUUGGGUGAGGCAAUAAUCAGUUCUGUUAGAGGUCAACCAUGUUAAGAAAUGAUCCCUAUCUGAACCUCACUAUUUAAGGUUAUCAGAGACCCAAAUUAUAUUUUUUAAAAACUAAACAGCUGAAAACUUGAAGUAGAGCUUUAAAAACUUAAAUUCUUUGAAAGCAUUCAAGUUAAAAUACUUAUAAAAUAUAUUUCUAUUACAAGGCACUGACAAAUGAUGCCCUAUGUUAACAGCAGGAGUUAUCUUUAAGCUUAUUUUACCACAAAUCUUCAUUUAUAAAAGAAAAGCCAAAGUGAAUAAGAGCAAAGUUAGAUUUUAUAUUUUUCAGAAACAGCUUUCCAUGUCUAAAUUUCUUAAGUUCCUAGUUCAGGUUGUCAAAGUGUCCAUCCGAUUUUAGAUUUUAUGUGAAUUUUGGGGUGGUUUUUUUUUAAUUUUAAAAUAAGCCUGCCACCAAAAAAAAAUCAUUUGUGAAAAUUUGAACUACCAAUUUUCCUCAUGUUCAGUUAUAUUAAAAGUAGCACAAUAAAUGCCUAGAGUAGUGCUCUCAUUGAUAAAGCACAUUCAUGAGGAGACCAGCAGCAAAACAUAACCAAAAUGUACUUUGCUUUUAUGUCUUUUAGUAAAGAAUUUGCAGGCAACCAUGUUUAAUUUGAAUUAUCUAUGAGGAUAAAAAGUCUAAGAAGCUGGGAAAAUAAUUGAGUUUUAUAGCACUAUUUUUAGGGUACAAAAAUAAGGUUAGAUAUGCAAUCAUUCUAAUUUUUCAAAAUUCCAUGUGAUUCAGACAGCUCCCUAUUAUUUGGAUAUUAAUUUGCACUGAGAGCAAACCUAUAGUGGCAGAACAGUUUUGAGUAGUCCCAAGCUGUAAACUGGAUGACGUUCCACUGGAAAAAUACCAAUAAUUCACAUUUGAGUUUCUAGUAGUUAUUAUAGAUUUGAUGAUCAUUUAGGCCCCAUAUAUCUUAAUGUAUCUUACCAGGCUCCAAACCUUUCCCACACACACCAUAUCUAGGGGCAUAGUCCAUCUUUCUGCUAGGAUUAUAUCAUGCCCAUAGAAGCAUUUUUCAUCCUGUUGUGGAGGUUUAAUGUGUUCCUUUACUUGAUUAUAAAACUUUUUGUUCCCUAAAUAUGGUUAACUUUGUCUCAUAGUUAAAUAGAUAAAGCAGAAUAAUUGCUUUAGCCUGCUCAAACGUACAGAUCUGUGAAACCAUGAUUGGCAUAUGUCAGUUAACAAAUGAGAAUAUCUAAGAGGCGCAUAUACUGCUGUCGAGGUAUAGUGGACAUGUGUGUACAGAAGCUUUCAGUCUUAACUAUAUAGUGUUAGUGUGAUGAUAUACUAUUUGGGAAAAUAGCAUUUUCUAUUUUAUAAGUUGUAUGCAUAAACAUAAGAUUUGUAAUGUUUCAUUUAUAAACUGCCUUCAACACAUGCUUAACUGUUAAUAGUGUUUUCUUGAAGUAUAGUAGUAUGUCUUCCAGAAUUUCACUUUAUGCUCACAGUAAAUAGUUCCUAGCCAGUUGAAAUGUUAAAUUCUUUGUUGGUUUCUUUUGAUUCUAUGGGGCAUAUAGCAAGCCUGAAGGACAUUGUAAUAAUUUCUUACAGGGUGAAAUUUUAGAAAGAUUGUGUGUGAGAGCCUAAAUAGUUAUUUUAUUCAUUAUCAUUUUUGGGUUACACGGUUUAUUUUUAAACAAAUGCUACUUCCAGUUAAUGCAUUUGGCCCUACUGAAUUUUCAGGGACCAAAAACCUUUGAAGAAAUAGUUCUGCAUCUUAGAAUUGUAACCAAUUAAGUAUUGGCUUGGGAUUGUUCUGAAGUAUUUAUUGCUUAAAAACUAUUGUAAGUAACAGUUGGCAAGAUCUCUAAGCAGAAAGUUCCAUGUUAAAACUUUUUCCUGAAAGAAUUUGUAUAUGGAUGUUAAUGGAAAACACAUUUAAACAAAAUAAAUUUAAAGUGGCUCUAAAUGAAAGCCACAGGAAAUCCAUUUGGUGCUCUGUCUUUGUAAGGGCUCUCCAUGGUUUGACUUGCCCCAACUGCUUUUAAAUGAGUACAUAUCACCUUCAUUAAAUGGAAGAUUUGUUCUAUAAUUUCAUUGAAAGUCUUAUCCUAAAAUAAAUUGCUUUAGCAUCUGGUCAGCUCUGAUUAAAAUGUGAAUAGUGAAGUGGCUAUCUUAAACCUUGAUUUACCUGAAUCUAUACUGUCAUAGACUUCUGAGGUAAAUAUAAUUCUUACCUAGUGGUAUUCUGCUUGUAUCCAGAAUACUGUACCCAUUAAAUUUUACUAUGUUCAUUUUUGUAUUCGUGCUUGUUUGGUUUUUUUUUUUGUUCAUGCAUGUAUUAGUAUAAAUGUCGCCUUUAAAGUUUUGUUUCUGUGACUUUUAGAAAUAAAUUUCAAAGAGAAUUUGUUUCAGAA